AUGCUGGACAGGACGCUACAGGAGCAUAGUAUUAUGGCAACUGCUGUUCAACAGAAUGGCAUGCAACCACUGACCAAUGGAAAUAUCAAUAAUGUCGAGAACCAUGAGGCUCUGGACAACAAAAACGACACACGGAACAACGCCGAGGAAAAUAACCCCUACAAUCAUCAGCCAGAUAUUCCCAUUCCUAUGGAAGAGCCAGAAGCUCAACCCGAGAUAGACAUUCUCAUCAGAAAUGUCGUCUGUAGUUUUAGUGUGAGAUGUCAUCUCAAUUUACGUGAAAUUGCUCUUAAUGGGUCUAACGUUGAGUACAGAAAGGAAAAUGGGAUGAUUACCAUGAAGCUGAGAAGGCCAUACACUACUGCAUCUAUUUGGUCUUCGGGUAAAGUUACUUGCACCGGUGCUGAGACGGAGCACGAGGCCAAAGUCGCUGCUCGUAGAAUUGCAAGAUCUUUACAGAAGCUCGGAUUUAAAGUUAGCUACGAACCAGAAUUACAUCCAGGUGUAACAUACAAGCUAAAAGAUCCAAAAGCUACGUUAAAAAUAUUCUCAACGGGCAGUGUUACUAUCACAGCACCUAAUGUCGCGGCAGUUGGGGCGGCCAUUGAGCAAAUAUUUCCGCUAGUCUACGAAUUUCGUAAGAAACGUUCGCCCGAAGACGAACAGGCAUUAGCUGCUAAGAAACUAAAAAACGCAGCGAGAUAUAGAAGAGAUAUAAUUGAGGAUCAAGAUCUAUUACCUGCAGUGAUCGGUAGCGACGAUGAAGAAAUGCCGAUUGAAAGCGAUGCCAGUGGAGACUGA